AUGGAUGAAUUGAAAUCAGAAUCUAUUGAUACGAAUAUGGACACACAAAACCAAGCUAAAGCAGACAAAUCUGAAGUUAAACUACCGUUUUCCAUAGACAAUUUGCUGGCUGACAAAUUUGUGAGUGAUAAAAACGAAGCGUCAACAUCAGACUACCUGGUUUACAAAGAACCGGCGUAUGAUGAUGAUGGGGAUGGUGAUGCUAUUAGUAGUUGUUCAGAGCAGUUAGACGUGGAAAGUUCAACAGCUGGUGACGCGCAGGAGUUUCUAGAUGCUAAGCCGGCUGAUUAUGCAUCAGGGUCAUGCAGCUCUCGAGGUAAGAGGGCAAGGACUGCCUUCAGCGCACAGCAGAUUAAGAGUCUGGAAGCUGAGUUCGAGAAGAACAGAUACCUCUCUGUCGCGGCGAGAGGCAGGUUGGCGAGACAGCUCAGGCUCACGGAGACACAGAUUAAAAUUUGGUUUCAAAAUCGCCGCACCAAAUGGAAGCGGAAGUACACGAACGACGUUGAAAUACUCGCACAACAAUAUUACAAUAGCCUAGGCAUUAUAACGCCAAGACCUAUGUUCGUAGGCGACCGACUAUGGAUUUUCAACUAUCCCAAUAGAUUGCAACCCACCCAGCAACAACAGUGGGCAAAGUCACUCAACCACAUCGCUAAUGUACCACAAAGUCAAAUCGUAGAACGAAACAUGUUUAGGAAUAUACCAAAACCGGACAUGCCAUUUUUGUUACCGUCCGCGUAUUCGAACGAGAGGUCUUUUUUGAACAUCGAACGCGUACCUAACCUCAAAGUUCCCGCGCAAACUCGUCUGUCAUCUGUGCCCAGGGAAAUCUAUUCCAAUAUGGCAACCGCUCAAAGGAGCAUGGAUGUGUAUAAAAAUAAUAUUUUAAGUAUCAACCCUAGUCAGGAAUCGAAUGUUGACCAUUUAAGAAGACUGGAGGAAAAUUUUAGUAUCUAA